CCGGUAACGGAGCAGAUCCGCGCGCGCUCUGCGCUCAGCCGCAGGAAACAACGGCACAUGAAGCACGAGAGAAAGUACUGAGUCUUCAAGCUCUUCUGCUCUCACGGAUCGCCGAGUUUCAGUCAGUUUGUAGUGGAUUGACGAAGUGUUGGAUUUAGUGAAGAAGAUGAGCAGCUGGAGAGAUGAAGCUCGCGCUGGAGGUGUGAUGACGAGCGAGUGAUGAGCCGCUGUGAGGAAUGUCCGUCUGUCUGCUGCUGGUCCUCUUCACACUGACCGCAAACACUCAGGUGUCUUCUGGAAAAGCUCUGAAGCUGCUGCAGGAGCAAUGGAGGAUCUACACCAAUGAGUGCAUCCAGAGCUUCAUGAGCACCCCCCCGGCCGCAGGGCCGGUGUGUAACAGGACGUUUGAUCAGUACGUGUGUUGGCCCGAUGGAUCGCCGGGCACCACGGUCAACGUGUCCUGCCCCUGGUACCUGCCCUGGUACCGGAAAGUUCAUCAGGGGCUGGUUUACCGUGUGUGUGGCGCUGACGGCAGAUGGGCUCAUGGGAAAAACACCAGCGAGUGUGAGCAGGAUGACCCUGGACAGAAGCAGUACGGUCAGAUCCUCAGCAGGUUCAGAGCCAUGUACACCGUCGGAUACUCUCUGUCUCUGGCAGCACUGACUCUCGCGCUGGCCAUCCUGAUCAGCUUCAGGAAGCUGCACUGCAUGAGGAACAACAUCCACAUGAAUCUGUUCGGCUCCUUCAUCCUGCGCGCCGUCUCCAUCCUCAUCAAAGACGCGCUGCUGGAUCAGAUGAACAGCGCUCAGAGCGGCCCGCAUCACUUCCAGGGGCAGCGCUGGGUCAGCGCUCAGACGGUGGGCAGCUGCCGCGCUGCGAUGGUGAUGAUGCAGUACAGUGUCAUGGCCAACAACUACUGGCUGCUGGUGGAGGGUCUGUAUCUGCACAGCCUGCUGGUCACCACCGUCUUCUCCGAGAGGAACUACUUCUACAUUUACCUCUGCAUCGGCUGGGGUGCGCCGCUCAUAUUUGUGCUGCCGUGGAUGACAGUCAAGUACCUGUAUGAAAAUGAAGAAUGCUGGGAAAGGAAUAUCAACAUGGGCUAUUGGUGGAUCAUCCGUUCUCCCAUUCUGUUUGCGUAUCUGAUUAAUUUCAUUAUAUUCAUUCGUAUAAUAAAGAUUCUGAUGUCCAAGCUGAAGGCGCAUCAGAUGAGAUACACCGACUACAAGUUCAGGCUGGCCAAGUCCACGCUCACACUGAUUCCUCUGCUGGGAAUUCACGCCAUCCUCUUCACCUUCGUCAUCGAUGAGUCCGUGCCAAAGGAGUCUCUUCUGAGGCUGAUCCGCCUCUUCUACGAUCUCCUGUUUAGCUCGUUUCAGGGUCUGCUCGUGGCCAUCCUUUACUGCUUCGUCAACAAAGAGGUCCAGAGCGAGAUGCUGAAGAAGUGGAAGAGGUGGAAACUAGGCAAGGACAUUGAGGAAGAGUACCGUCACACCCACAGCCAGACGGCGCAUGCCAAAGGAGGUAGCGUGGCCCCUGCGAUGACCCCCGAAUGCCCCGAAACCCCGGAGCUGGUGGCCUCGGCCUCAACAGAGUCCCAGCGUCUGGUGACAGGCCUUCAGAAUGGAGCGAGCUGGAACCGGGGCCGUGUGAGGCUGCAGUUGACCUCCGAGCCACAGGAUGGCGCUAGUAACUGCAGCUCUCUGACAGAAGACAUUUGUCUGGAAGAGCGUCCCCUCAGCAGUGAAUGCUCGGCAGCCAUGACAGAAACCAAUGUUUGAGAACAUGACGCUGAUGGCAUUUUUUAUUACUAAUGGAUCAAUGGAAAUUUUGUUACAAUCCAGUUGUGGUCUUCAUGUUACCAAACAGGCCUCUAUCAUGAGAAAGCAUGGAGAUGUGGAUUUAGUAACCUUUAAAAACAAAUCGCAGUUAUCUCCUGAGUUGGUAAAUUACCAAAUAGUAUUAUUUAUAUUAUAUAUUUAAGAGACAAUGGCCAAUUUAAUGGCCAAAAAAACAUACUAUUCUUUUGACUGAACAAUAACCUGGAAACCACCCAGAAUAAUGUCUUUGUGGUGGAAAUACAAAUUAUAUUUGCCUUUACAGACGCUUUUAACUGAAGCGACUUACAAUAGAGGAGCAUAAACUAUUUGUUACCGAGCUAACAAUAUUCAAAAUAUUUAAGAACAGGCUUAUUAGAAACCUAGAUUAGCAGAACGUAGAAAAUAUGUGUCUCCGGCUGCUGCUUGAUAGUUUUGAUGGUCUCAGCAGUUGGAGUGGAGGCUGGCAGCUCAGUCCUACAGAGAGGAGCACAGAGGGUGAAGGGUCUGGAAAAGGUCUUCAUGCCCUGUUGUGAAGGAAAGGCAGGGCACUUGGUUAUUUACCCACUCAGGAGUUAAAACCCCUUUCAUCGUAUUGCCCUUUAAGUAACGCUCACCAAAACAUCUCAUACUGGCAGAUAAGCUGUGAGCAUCCAUAAUGCAGUUUUAUUUUUACUGAACAGUAACCACGGACAGAAAAGGAAACUCAUCAUUUACUCAACAUUCAAUCACCUGAUCUUAAUGUUUCAUGUGGGGUGUUCAGUUGCUAUCGUGACCAGGUGCUUUAAUAAACGAUGUCAGACCCUCAGUGGAAGCUUUUUAACUUAUAGUGUUUACUCCCUAUAUUAUCAUCCACACACAUCGCAGGAGUGCUAUUCUUACGUUCAUCGGGACAUAAAACAGCUCAACCGAGAGGUUCCCAUUUGAGGCUUCUUGAAUUGUGGCGGAUCUUUAACAGCGUUCAAGACCAUUACUUAACAUGACAUGCUAAAUCAUUCUGUAUUUAGGUGAAAAUUGUGUAUUUCAAUGCAAGACUGAAACAGUCUCCGUGUUCAUGAUGCAUUAUUUACUGAAGUAAAGGUAUGAGACAUUAUGAUUAUAGAUAUUUAUGAAUAUACAUUGAUAAUAUAUGAAUAUAUGUUGUUAAAGUGUGGUGUUGAGCGCAGCAUGCAGUGCUUUCUCAACCUUAAGUGGAUUAUAGCUUUUAUAGAAGAAAUACUAGCUAAUAAAAAUAAUAAGGAUGCAAAACCACACUUUAGCAUCACAUGCCAUCUUCUGGCUUGAAGAUCUAGUUCAUAAUAAAACAGAAUGUUGCUAUGCACCAAAAUAAGCAGAAAUGCAGUGAUUUGAUGAGUGGGUGUUUUUCGUCAUCAAUGUUUCUAUAUCUAUAUAUAUAUAUAUA